AUGGCGGUCCCAUGCACACAGAAAGUGGCCUUGUCCGUUGGUUCUUCAGUGAUAAUCAAAGGGACACCCUGCAUCUCUUUUGCAAAUGACCCCGAAUUGCAAGUGGAUUUCCAUAUCAGCCCCGAUGAGAAGUCUGACAUCGCCUUCCAUUUCCGAGUCUACUUUGGGCGUCUUGUGGUCAUGAACACUCGUCAGAGUGGAAAGUGGGAAAAUGAGGUGAAAUCUUCCACAAUGCCCUUUGAGGAUGGCAAGCCAUUUGACCUGCACCUCUUGGUGCUGCACAAUGAGUACCAGGUCAUAGUAAACAGGCAAUACUGUUACAGCUUUGCCCAUCGAAUCCAGCCAAGCUCUGUGCAGAUGGUUCAGGUGUGGAGAGACAUCCGCCUGACCUCCGUGGAUGUCGUCUAG